UGGUGCGCGCGGACAGAACGCUUCAACCCACACACACGAGCGUUUUUUUUUUUAAAUCUGCAGGACAGAAUUGUGGGCAGAGCAGCGAAGUCCAAACACUCGGUAAAUAUACAGCGCACUGUCGUGUUCGGGUCAGGAGAAAACGACAAGACUAAGGCAGCGGCGACAACACCGACGAACGGCCCCGGUUUACGCCGCAGCGCGCGAGACGAAGACACGCUUCCCUCAUGAUGUCAUCGUAUUAUCAUCCGGGGAAGGACGCGGACAUGGCGGAGCCGCUGUGCCUGGAGAGAGAUGUAUGCAGGGUAAUCGAGUUGCUGGACCGGCUGCAGAGGAGCGGCGAGCUUCCUCCCCCAAAGCUGCAGGCGCUGCAGAGGGUGCUCCAGAGCAAAUUCUGUGCUGCCAUCAGAGAGGUCUAUGAACAGCUCUACGACACUCUGGAUAUCGUGGGCGGACCCGAGGUGCGAGCUCAGGCCACUGCUAAAGCGACCGUAGCGGCGUUCGCGGCAAGCGAAGGCCACGCCCACCCACGUGUCGUAGAGCUCCCAAAGACGGACGAAGGCCUGGGCUUCAACAUCAUGGGAGGAAAGGAGCAGAACUCGCCUAUCUACAUCUCCAGAGUGAUUCCAGGGGGCGUGGCCGACCGCCAGGGCGGAUUGAAAAGAGGCGACCAGCUGCUUUCCGUCAAUGGGGUGAGCGUAGAGGGCGAGCACCACGAAAAGGCCGUGGAGCUCCUGAAGGCGGCGCAGGGUUCGGUGAAGCUGGUGGUGCGCUACACCCCGAAGGUCCUCGAGGAGAUGGAGGCCCGGUUCGAGAAGCUACGCAGCGCCAGGAGACGCCAGCAACACACCAGCCACUCAUCUUUAGAGUCUCGGGGUUAACCAAUCCCAGCCACCUUAAACCUUAACCUGCUGACCACGCCCAUUCCUCAAUCGUCCAAUGGGAAGACGGAAGACGAGCACUGCUGAAGAGAUGAGCGAAGACGAGCUUUAGAAUUUACCAUGUAUGUUAGUGGAACAUUCCUAAAACACUAGACCUCAAAUAUACUCUUUACUCCAUCCAUCUGUAGGGAGAGAAUGAUCACAGUAUCCGGGUUACCAGUUUAAAAAAAUUUGUGUGGAAAGAAAAAAAAAACACUUGUAUGUUUAGUAAUGUUAAAGAGAAACAGAGAGCAAAAAUCACAGAUCAGAACCUUGCAGCCGUGCUCCUCCAAGGGCUGUGUGUGUGUGUGUGUGUGUGUGUGUGUGUGUGUGUGAGAGACUGUGCGUUAUUAUGUGUAAGUGUGCGUCCCAUCUCUGUACAUGACAUUAUGCUGCAUUACAGGCGUAGAUGACCAUUAUGGGGUAAAAGCUCUUCCUGACCUCACACAGCUUUUCCUCGGCACUACAUGCCCAAAGAGUGUGUCUUAAUCCUCUGAAGAAGGAACUCGAUGUCCUUUAUAUAUAUGUAUGUAUGUGUGCGUGUGUGUGUGUGUAUAUGUUUGCAUGUGUGUGUGUGUGUGUGUGUAUGAGUGUGUGUUUGGUAAAAAUAAAUUUAGUGCUUGAACUACAGAUGGCUUGAUGUUGACAGUUUGUCAGACCCUGUGCAUUAUACCGCUGUUCUGUGUGAAUUUGAGCUGCUAGUUUUGCCUGUUUACAUUUUCCUGACCUCUUAUUUAAUUUAUUUAUUCAUCCAUUACUAUAAUAAAAU